AUGCUGGUCUUUCGGAACUCAAGGAGGAUUUGGCUUGAUCGCCACGAGUCGGUGAAAAGAUGGAAUGUUCAAGAGGAGGCGGUCGGGGCCGGAAAGGCAUGUGCACGGACGGCCGGGGUGGUGUCAGGGGGAGUGGGAGCUCAGGAAAUACCGAGGAAGCUCCAGCUGCUCUGCCGGGCGGACAUGGUUCACUACUUGGACGUGAGGGGCGGGUGGGAUGUGGCUGAAUGCGGGCGUUGCUUCCACCACGCUAUGAGCCUCCGAGCAGAGCGUGCUCUCGAGCGUGCUCUCUCCAUGGAAAGCCUCGACUUCGUUCGAUCCCUCCUGCACAACCACCAGCCUGGCGCCACCCCUCUUGCAUGCCCAAACGGAGUCAGCAGGGGUGUGCUGGAGUUCUCUGCGAGAGUGCAGGCGUUUGGGAAGCAAGGGGAGUCGGCGCCGCCGCCUCACGUGCAGUUCUCGUGCAAAACCUUAGUGGCCGAAUUGGGGGCGGGCAGGCAGGUGGAGAACGACUGCUGUGCGUCCAUGCUGGUGCAGGUGCUGGGGGUGAAGGAGAGCGCUGAGCUGCAGGAAGGGUUUGGGUUCUUUGUGCGGCAUCUGCUCGCAGACGGCCUUGAGAAUGCACAUGCGGAGGGGAGCGGGGAGCCGGGGAGAAGGAUUCAGCGAGUGUGGGGCAUGUUCUCCCGGCCAGAGCACCGCAAGCUGGGAGCGAUGUUCUUCGUGGGGUAUAAGAGCAUACCCACUGGCAGCAUGGAGGAUGCAGCCAUCGAGGCGGCCAGCGUGAGGCUGAGACAAGUGGGUCUGGCAAGCGGGAUGCGCGAGGGGGAGGACUCGAGCUUGCAGCAUCAGCUGCACCAACAACACGGCCGCCUGCUCAGAAUGCUGCCGCUGUCUCAGCUCGAGCUGGGUCUUCUCUUGGCAGGAGCGAUUCCACCGGCAACAUGGCUUCGGAUCUACGGCUCAGAUUUCAUUUUCGCACAGAUGUGCUGCAAGGACAACCCACAGGGAAGGGUCCUGCCCAUGCGCCACCCGGUUCGGGAUCUUCCGAACCUGUUGGCCAUGUUCGGCGCUGUUCUCCAGCCUACGGUCGGAAGAAGCUGCUUUCCUGAAUGGGAGGAGUGGCCCCAGGGGGACGAAGCUACUAUGAAGUUUCCUGAUGACCCAAGUGCCAGAUGUUUCUGGCUGGGCCGGGCGGAUGGCAGGCAGGGUCUCAGGAACAAUGGCCAUCUGUCAGCUGCAGUGCAGCAGGGAAGAACCCGGAAAGCGCGGAAAGCUCCCAGCAAAGAACCGCUUCCUCCUCCUCGGAGCGAGAUGCGUCCCAUCGUGCGCUGCAGGGCAGAUGCGGACUUGAUAGUUGAGUUUGCUGGUAUGCUCUUCGAGCCACCAGCAUGCGCCCACUGCAGCGCAUGCAUCGCCACAUACACUAUCCUAGUCCCCUUUGUCGCUCUCGUUGCCAACUUCGCCUAUCGCCCCGCCUCCGCCCUUCUCGACCACUUCGUUUCCAUCUUCCCGCCCCACACCGCGGAGUUUCAAGAUAUUGUGAACCGAUUGGGGCAGGAUGGUCGCACCCAGCGUUGCAGCGUGCAUGCGCUGCAGGAACGAGUAGAGCAGGUUCCGCUCUCCUUCCUGCUCGCCCUUGCCCUUCUCCUCCCUAAAGAGCUCUUGCAGCAGAGUGGGGCCCAAGGCGAUCUGAACUCGUCGGCUGCUGGAAUAAGCUAUGGGGCGAAAGGGAAGGCAGGCAGGAGGAGGGCGAGGAGUGGGGACUUCAUGGUUCGUGGUGGCAAUACUACCACCGGUGCCAUGGAGGGAGGUGGGCCCGCCUGCAGCGGCAGCCAGUCAAUGAAGCGUGCUACAACCGCACACAAGAAAUUGAUUGCCAAGAUGUAUGACUGCUCUCUGCUGCCCAGGUUCUGUGAAGACUUGAAGCACACGGGUGGGCGUGGCAGUGCCUGUGACAGUAGCGGCAAGAAACGGAAGGGCAAGAAGGUGGAGGAGGCGGCUUAUCUGAAGGCAUGGCCGGGGGGAGUCAAUCUGGUGGCUUGUCUGCGAGAGAUGCUGCUGGGGGAGCCUUGCUACCGCCCUGCCUUCGAUGCUGCUCGCUCCACCUCAGCUGCUGUAAGCACCCGUGCUGCGUCGUCAGUUGCUGCACCAAUAUACUCAGCUACUGCUGCACCUUCUUCUGACGAGUCAACCACUGUCGCUGCACUGAGCACAUCUGCAGCAGACGUUUUGACAGCGAGCGUUACUUCAAAUGUUGAAGCCGCUGGCGCUGCUGCUUGUGGGGAGCGUGUGUGCAGUGCAACUGCCACACAAGGCUCUGGUCCUGCGCCUAGUAGGGGGCGUGUGUGCGGUGCUGCAGGAUGUGGGAGGGUGGAGGGUGGUGGUGUGAAGCUGAAGAGUUGCGGUGGGUGUGGCAAGGUGGCAUAUUGCAGCAGAGACUGCCAGAAGGCACACUGGCCCUCCCACAAGCUCACAUGCCCUGGGAGGACCAACGGGAAGAGAAGAGGGGAAAACAGUGGCAAGUUGUGGAUUUGUGGUGCAGCAGCAAUAAGAGGAGGCCUAUUAGGAGAAGGGAAGCAGAGGCACAGGCCAGUGAGUGCGGCGGGGAGGGGGGGGAACGUGUUGGAGGACGGACAAGAAGCAGAUACUGAACAUGGCAGCAGCAGCAGCAACGACAGUGGGUUUAGUAGUAGCAGCGAUGAUGAUGAUGAGGUGUAG